AUGAAUAUAAAUCGUGCUGGUCAUCCGCCUGGGCCAUGGCGCAGAUAUAACAUCGAUCCCGCCACUGCUGAGCCUCCUGCUCCCCAAACUCCUCAUCCAGCCAUGCCUGGGACUGUUGCCGGCGGAAUUGAAUGUCGGCCGCGGCCCACUGGUGCUGGCGUUGGCGGUGGCUCGGGCACUGGCGCUGGUGCUGGCGGUGGCUCGGGCUCGGGUGCUGGUGCUGGCGUUGGUUCGGGCUCUGGCUCUGGCUCGGGCUAUGGCUUGGGCUUAAGCUAUCGCUGUGGCGCCGGUGCUGACUUGGGCUUGGGCUCUGGCUUGGGCUCUGGCUCGGGCUCGGGCUAUGGCUCGGGCUAUGGCUCGGGCUAUGGCUCGGGCUUGGGCUGUGGCUCGGGCUAUGGCUAUGGCUCCAGCGUGGGCUAUGGCUCCGGCUUCGGCUUGGGCUGCAUGAGCCCGCUGCUCUGCUGGAAUCAUACUCCAUUCCGCGCCUGA